UGGCGGCGGUGGCGGCGCUGCGGCGGCUCGUGCCGGUGGCGGGGCGGGCGGCGGGCAGAGCGCCUUGCCGGGGUCACCGGCUCACGCCGGCGGAUGAUGAGAUGUACCAGCGAACGCGGGUGAUGGUGCUGGAGCCGGAGUCCCCGAACAUCAUGUUCAUUGAGGGCUACAGCACCCGCGGCUUCACCAUCAGCGGAGACGUCGUGGUGGGGCCCUGCGCCGUCCUGCCUCGCAGCAUCCUUCAGUGGAACGUUGGGUCCCACCGGGACAUCUCGCACGAGAGCCUGUCGCUGUUCCGGCUGCUGGAGCCCCAGAUAGAGAUCCUGGUGCUGGGCACAGGGGACAGGGUGGAGCGGCUCCACCCCGCCACGCUGAAGCAGAUGCGGGAGUGCGGGAUUGCUGUGGAGGUACAGGACACGGCAAAUGCAUGUGCAACCUUUAACUUCCUAAUGAAUGAAAGGCGCGUGGUGGCUGCUGGGCUCAUCCCUCCGCGGGGCACCUACGGGAUGUAGGCACUGCCUGCCAUGCCCAUGUGGGCUCAGUGGUCCUUCCCCUGCCUGCCUUGAAGCCCCCGACAUCACCACUCCCAACUGAGAAACGCUCCAGACUGAACUGUCUGGAGCUGCCAGCUGGGUGAUGGCUCUGCACACAGGUGGGCUGUGAGUUAUGUGGGCUUAGCUCUUCCCUGCAUUCCCUGGCUUCUUGGCCUCCCUGCCCAGUCUGGGCUGGGGACUGUGGGGCACAGCACAAGGCUUUGCUCCCACAGCCCUGCCAAGGUCAUACCCCCACCUUGGCAGCAGAACGCCUCACCCUGAGAUAGGGUGAAGGCUGGUGUGGCGAGCUGUACACCCCCGGGCACAUCGGGGGCUCCAUGAAGAAAAUACAUGUAAAUGGGAAGUACAA